CUUUUUUUUCUGUUUUUACCUUACCGCAAAAAAGAAAAAAAUGGACAAUCCCGCUUUUUUAGGGGCUCUGACACAGCUUAUAGCUUCAGAUUUGCCAAUGAUUUUAUCCUUAAUUUUUGGUGGCUGUUGCAGUAAUGUCUUUUCUCUCGAAGUCUUGGUAAAUGAUGCACCCAAGAGUGGCCAACUUAUCACAUUUGGACAAUUUGCGUUUGUAGCUCUUGAAGGUCUUCGAUAUCACGUCACAUGGGGAAAGUACGGACCCAAACUCAAACCCACCGUGGUUCCCAUCUUCAAUUGGUUCAUUCUUGUCACCAUCUUUUUUAUUGUUUCCGUCUUAAACAACUUAGCUUUGGGCUUUAAUAUUUCAGUGCCGUUACAUAUCAUCUUUAGAAGUGGAGGAUUAAUCGUAAAUAUGCUCCUGGGUGCAUUGAUCCUGAAAAAAAGGUAUUCACUUGAUCAAGUGGUCGGUGUACUUUUGGUCACUGCAGGUGUGAUUUGGGCUACUUUAGACAAUGCAUCCAGUCAAGUUUCCCGUGAUGAAGGGAACACCACGGAAUUCUUUACAGGUAUUUUAUUGUUGACAAUUGCUAUGAUAUUAUCAGCCGGUAUGGGUUUAUUCCAGGAAGUAACUUAUAAAAAGUACGGCAAACAAUGGAGAGAAGGAUUAUUUUAUACUCAUUUCUUGGCUUUGCCUUUUUUCCUGUUCUUUUACCGGGAUUUAUCAAAUCAAGUGACGGCCUACAAUUUAUCGCCCUUGCAGCCUGUUUCGGUUAUUUUGGAACAAAUACCUGUGAUGGGAGCAGUUGCAGAUUUAGUACCGGAACCCAUCAUGUCCAUCUUGGGUGCUUUCCAAGUUCAUAAAUUAUGGGCAUUUUUAUUCAUGAACGUCGUGACUCAAUAUGUGUGUAUUGCUGGUGUGAAUCGUAUGACAUCGGUGGCUACCUCUUUAACCUUGAACUUGGUGUUAAACUUGCGUAAGUUUACAUCCUUGAUCUUUUCCAUUCUGUAUUUCCAAAAUGAUUUUGGAUUUGGAGCAAAAAUUGGAUCUGCUCUUGUAUUUUUUGGAACCUUAAUUUACUCUCGUGCAAGUAUGAAAAAACCUGUCGAAAAGAAAGAGUAGAUGUGUGCAUAAUUUAUUAUAUAUUUCCCAUUUAUUAAACAUUUUUUGACGCUCAAACCCAUGA